CUGCCGGCUUUCAAAAUCCUCCUCCUCCGCCAUCAUCCGCUGCCGUGCGGGGAGCAGGUGGUGUCGGGGGCGCGAGCGGCGAGAACCGCCGGGAGAGCUGCCGGACAAGCGGGCUGGGCAUCGGGACUGCUGGACUCGGAGAGGCGACCCCGACCUGACCUGACCCGGACCCUAAAUCAGUUCCUCCCCCGCUAGGCGGACACGCGCGUUUCGGUUGCCCCACGCGGCAGCGCCGCCUGUUUACGUUUGCAGAUUUCCAGGGGAGCCCACCAACUUGGCCAACAUGGCCUCAGAAGACAUUGCCAAGCUGGCAGAGACGCUGGCCAAAACCCAGGUGGCCGGGGGACAGCUGAGUUUCAAGGGCAAGAGCCUCAAACUCAACACUGCGGAAGAUGCCAAAGACGUGAUUAAAGAGAUUGAAGAAUUUGAUGGCUUAGAGGCUCUGCGUCUGGAGGGCAACACGGUGGGUGUGGAAGCAGCCAGGGUCAUCGCCAAAGCCUUGGAAAAGAAGUCGGAGUUGAAGCGAUGCCACUGGAGCGACAUGUUCACGGGGAGGCUGCGGUCUGAGAUCCCGCCCGCCCUGAUCUCACUAGGAGAGGGACUCAUCACAGCCGGGGCCCAGCUGGUGGAGCUAGACCUAAGUGACAACGCGUUUGGGCCUGACGGCGUGCGAGGCUUCGAGGCCCUGCUUAAGAGCUCUGCCUGCUUCACCCUGCACGAGCUCAAGCUCAACAACUGCGGCAUGGGCAUCGGCGGCGGCAAGAUCCUGGCAGCAGCUCUGACUGAGUGUCAUCGGAAAUCCAGUGUCCAGGGCAAGCCGCUGGCCCUGAAGGUCUUCGUGGCUGGCAGAAACCGUCUGGAAAACGAUGGAGCUACAGCCUUAGCAGAAGCUUUUGGGAUCAUCGGGACUCUGGAGGAGGUCCACAUGCCACAGAAUGGGAUCAAUCACCCUGGUGUCACUGCCCUGGCCCAGGCUUUUGCCAUCAACCCCCUGCUGCGGGUCAUCAACCUGAAUGACAACACCUUCACUGAGAAGGGCGCUGUGGCCAUGGCCAAGACGCUGAAGACCUUGCGGCAGGUGGAGGUGAUCAACUUCGGGGACUGCCUUGUUCGCUCCAAGGGCGCCGUGGCCAUUGCAGAUGCUGUCCGCGGCGGCCUGCCGAAGCUGAAGGAGCUGAACUUGUCAUUCUGUGAAAUCAAGAGAGAUGCUGCUCUGUCUGUUGCCGAGGCCAUGGUGGACAAGGCCGAGCUGGAGAAACUGGACCUCAAUGGCAACACCCUGGGAGAGGAGGGCUGCGAGCAGCUCCAGGAAGUGCUGGAUGGCUUCAGCAUGGCCAGGGUGCUGGCGUCCCUCAGUGAUGAUGAGGGUGAGGAUGACGAGGACGAGGAUGAGGAGGAGGAAGGAGAAGAGGAGGAGGAAGAGGAGGAAGAAGAUGAAGAGGAGGAUGAGGAGGAGGAAGAGGAGGAGGAGGAAGAGCCACAGAAGGGAGAGCAAGAAGAGGAGCCAACCACACCAUCAAGGAAGAUUCUGGAUCCUGACAGUGGGGAACCAGCUCCCGUCCUGUCCUCCCCGCCUCCCGCUGAUGUCUCCACCUUUCUGGCUUUCCCCUCUUCGGAGAAGCUGCUGCGCCUCGGGCCCAAGAGCUCCGUGCUCCUAGCCCAGCAGACUGACACGUCCGACCCGGAGGUGGUGGUCUCCGCCUUCCUGAAGGUGUCCUCUGUGUUCAAGGAUGAAGCCACAGUGAGGACGGCAGUGCAGGAUGCAGUAGAUGCUUUGAUGAAGAAGGCCUUCAGCUCAUCCUCCUUCAACUCCAACACCUUCCUCACCCGGCUCCUCAUCCACAUGGGUCUGCUCAAGAGUGAAGACAAGGUCAAGGCCAUUGCCAACCUGUACGGCCCUCUGAUGGCACUGAAUCACAUGGUGCAGCAGGACUACUUCCCCAAGGCCCUUGCACCCCUGCUGCUGGCGUUCAUGACCAAGCCCAACGGCGCCCUGGAAUCCUGUUCCUUUGCCCGCCACAAUCUACUGCAGACGCUGUACAAAGUCUAGAUGCAAGGCGGGCCUCUCCCCAUCCCUCGGCCUGGACCAGUAACUUGGGAAGAGACUCAAAUGGAGGACUCUAGCCAGAAGCACGGGGAUCUCUGUCGUGUGUCGUGUCUUCUGAGUACGUGUGUUGGCGUGGCAUGUGUGCGGAUGUGUGCUUCUUGUCAGGGUUUGAGUUUUCAAUGUCUCCCUGCUGGACUGGCCUUGGUCCCACUGGAGGGGAGCCGGCCCCCAGGUGGAAGGGCUGCAGGCUGCUCUGCCAUUAAACUCACCACCAUCUGAGGGCACUCUGCUGAUGAUCUGCGUGCAGGCUCCAGGCCCUGACGGCUGUCCCCACCCACCUUGUCGUCUUUACCCUCAGGGGCUGCACCAAAGCUGGGGAGUUGCUGUCUGCGCUGUCCCACCCACUCCCACCCCGCGCUGUGGCUGGGUGUACUCAUGCCCUGCCUGGGGCUGCUCACUCUAUGGCUGCCUCUGCUUCCUGUCACCAAGCCCUGGUCCUGCAGCCACCACUGCCCUACCAUCCAUCCCUGCUGUGCUGACCCCUCAGCCUGAGGGGCAGAGACUGUAGUGGGUGGGGCUGUGGGGUGGUCAGCAGAGGGCAGGACCCUGGCACCCACACUGUGGACAGGAAGAGAAGCCAGGGGGCAGACACUAGGGUCUAGGAGCUGGAGUUGCCUGGAUGGUGCUGGCUCCAUACCCAGUGGGCCCUCCUCUGGCUGCUAGGAUGUUUGUGACCUACCUGGGGGCCAAGCUGGAGGGGCAUCUGGGCAGGCCCAAACCUGUUCUCUAGCCCAGGGGGCAGAGGCAGGGCCCACAGAUGCCCGAGCUGCAUUUCGGGCACCCCUAGGGACCUGGGGCGGGGCGGGGCGGGGCGGGGCUGCGCUGGAGAUGCCCUGUGACACCCUCUGCUUUCCCCGUGUGCUCUUUAAGUGUCUGGGCUGUGCCCGAGGCUUCACAAAUAAAGUCAUGUGUAGCAACAGUG